GUUUCCCGCUGCCCAUAAAGUGCUGGACAUAAUGGAGUACCUGCUCUCACCACUGGGGGCGCACACUUCAGGGGAGGAAGAGGCACCCCUCCCCUCUCAGGGGGAGCUGUGGAGGAUGGAGAGCUUGCGCCCCCUGCUGGUCACCAUCUUCCUAGGCAUCGUUAUCCUCGGCAUUGGGGUGCUGUACUGCAUGAGGUCGUUGACCCCGGACAGUGGCCCCGCCCCCUGCGAUGACAGGCGGCAGUCGGUGAGUCGACAGCCCUCCUUCACGUACUCCGAUUGGACCGAGGCGCAGCACGACCCCUUCGAUCUGGAGUCCGUCCCCGAAACGCCCGUCUUCGACCCCGCCUUGGACAUGAGGACCGAGGCCGACCCGGCUACUCUGACCCUGAAACCCGUCGGGCUGCAGGAAAGGAGAGGCUCUAACGUGUCCCUCACACUGGACAUGUGCACGCCCGGCUGCACAGAGCCGUACGGAGCGCUGCUGUCGCCGGGGGAGCAGACUGCGCAGGAGUACCUGCAGACGGCCUCCCACGUCCUGCUGCUGGCCCAGCUGCGCAGCCGGGCCCUGGACGACUGCGCCCUGCAGACCGAGUUCUACGAGACCCCCAUGAACUUUGUGGACCCCAAAGAGUACAGCUUCCCUGGAGUAGUGAGGAAAAACCGCUACAAGACCAUCCUUCCCAACACACACAGCAGAGUUUGCCUUAAAGCCGCAGACCCGGACGACUUCCUCAGUACCUACAUCAACGCCAAUUACAUAAGGGGUUACGGGGGGCAGGAGAAGACGUACAUCGCCACCCAGGGCCCCACGGUCAACACCGUCAGCGACUUCUGGAGGAUGGUGUGGCAAGAACGCUCGCCCAUCAUCGUCAUGAUCACCAACAUCGAGGAGAAGAACGAGAAGUGCACAGAGUACUGGCCCGAGGACUCUGUGGUCCAGGAGGGAAUCCUGAUCCGGGUGGAGCAAGUGAUCCAGGCGGACGACUACAGCCUGCGGAUAUUCUCCCUGCAGUGUGAGGGGGAGCAGCGCAGCCUCAGGCAGUACUGGUACACAUCGUGGCCGGACCAGAAGACGCCAGACAAGGCCCCGCCCCUGCUGGAGCUGGUGCAGGAAGUGGAGGAGGCACGGCAACAGGCCCCGCCCGGGAGCGGCCCAGUCAUCGUGCACUGCAGUGCAGGGAUUGGUCGGACCGGCUGCUUCAUCGCCACCACCCUCCUGUGCCAGCAGCUGAGGACCGAGGGCGUGGUCGACAUCCUGCGGACCACCUGCCAGCUCCGCCUAGACAGGGGAGGGAUGAUCCAGACCGCAGAGCAGUACCAGUUUGUCCACCAUGUUCUCAGCCUCUAUGAGAAGCAGUUGUCCCGUCCGUCUGAAGAGUAAACCUGGCUCCUUCCCCUGCUCUCACCCCUGUCUCCCCCACUC